GCUGCUCAGUUGCCUGGAGGUUGGCACCGCAAGCGGAUCGAAAUGCAGGCUCAGCUAUAUAUUUCAACUAUUUUGGUAGUCCUCUCCUGCUGUGGAAAUCCACUGGAGGUCGCCGCCGCUCGCCUGCGGAUGCCCAGUUUUCCGAAGGAAAUGGAGAAGUUCAACUGCCGGAAUGAGAGCUUAGGAGUGCACUUGGACCUGUCACGACUCUCUGGCUACUGGUACGAGGCUGGUCGAGUGCCCAACGUCCAGGUUCUGGAGUGCCUGAAUGUCUCGGUUCCGGCCGAGAUCGAUAACAACAUCCUGUCGCUGGACUUGAACUUCAUCAACACGGUCAACAACGACUGGAGCUUCACCCAGGAAGCGGUGGAUUUUCCCUGGAACAACGAGACGCAGGCUGGUGUCUUCAAUCUGCAUUUCGACACGGUCACAGUGACCUACAAGCUGGUACUAACGGAUUACGACAACGUCGCCUUUGUCUGCGGAUACGGAAGUAUCUCGCCGGUGCCGCUGUUUAAGCUCUUCACUCGUGCGCGGCAGAUCGACCCCAACACCAUGGCCUUGGUCCAGUCGUUUGCCGAGCAAUAUGGCGUUGCUUCGCAAAUCGCGUGGGAGAAACAGUCGCCGGAUCAGUGCAAUGGAUCCAGGGAUCGCGCUCCCUUGGCAGUGCUCAUGGGCUUCAUCGCUUUGCUCUGGUUCCUCAGCCCGGGAACUCAAGUUCGCACCUAAAACUUGUUAUUUACUCAGUGACUUUUGAGAUUUUCGCUAUAUGUAACUAUCAGUACAAAUUCUUAUCAAUGUUGUCUGUUUUUUGUUAUUUCAAA